AUGAUCGAGACAAACACAAGAACCCGAUUUGAUCGCCUGUUUAAGAGUUCAAAGGCGGUUACUACAAGGUUAAUCAAUGGUGAUAUUUUAUCUUCAUCUUCUCUUGUUGUCCUCCCUCAUAUGUGUCUUGCUUUAUCAUCAGUGAUUGAUGCCCAACACAACCCUUUGGCACUAAUGAAUGGCGAGAAUCGGCAUUGCUUGCGUCCCUCGGGCCCAAACUAUCGCAUCCAGAAGAGAAGGAUUUAUCAUAGGAAGUUUGAGCAACCAGUACAUGCUUCCAACAUGUUGCUCGCCAUAGAUCGUGAGGAGGCUUAUGAAAGUGCUAUGGUGAAUAAGUUUGGUGAUGAUACUAGUUGCCACCCCCUCUUGGAUAAUGAAACAUGGUGUGAUGUUUCCGGAGGAGUCAAGAAAGGAAGAAUAUAUGGAUUUGGAUCUGUGUCUGAUCCAGAGAGCUUUUUGGAAGGAACAUCUAGCACAAUAACAUCCCAAGAGGUUGUCUAUGAACGUGUAGGAAACGAGAUGCGUGGGAAAUGGAUGCUAAAGUUGCCGAAAUAGAAGCUAAACAUCAACAAAUGCGUGAGGAAAUGGAUGCCAAAGCUGCAGCAAUAGAUGCCAAAUAACAACAAAUUGAUUCAAAAAAUGAAGCAAUGGAUAAGAUAUAUGCAGCCUUGCAAAAUAUGAUGGGAAAUUGAAAAUUAGAGGAAUGAGAACCAAAGAUGAUUGGAUGGACAUAAAAUGAAGUUAUGUUAUUUUGAAGUUAUGUUUUGUGAAAACUCAUUUCCCGAUGCAUACUUUGGAUUUCUUGGUGCUAAAAUGUUAUUUUGAAGGUUAAUCUUU